AUGAUGCAUUCUCUGCAGCCCCCUACUCAUCAUCUCUCUCCCCGCCCUAACAACUUCCCACCCAACAACCUCGUCCCCCACCCCGUCCACACCCCAAACCCCAAACAUAGCUGCCAUAUUCGGCAAAGCCGGCCACUCGGCCUCAAUUGUUGGUCCCUCACCCUAGGUUCCAUCGCCUCAGACGAACCAGGACGUCGGGCAUGGCAAACCUCCCUCUGGGACCUGAUGGGGAAUGCCAAUACACCGCACUCCGUUAUCUGCCUCCAGGGCCUGGCACACAAAAGCAAGGAGGAAGCCUGGGUCAAAGGCGAGAGGAAUGGGUUGUUCAUUGCUGCUGACACGGCAGAUGUUGCCGUGGGUGGGCAUCCGAGUCGGGAGAGGGAGAGGAUGUUAUUGGUGCAGGCUCCCUUUUGCGAUGGAGUGUUGCUUGGCAUGAGGUGCUACAUUAGGGGCUAUGUGCGGGGGACGAGGUGUGGGAGAGUCGCCUAUAUCGGAACGGGUACAUAA